UGUUAGUUUGUUUAUAGUAGUGCACUGUGUGGUAGAUACUCAAAUUUUACCAUGGUUGAGUAACGAACUGCAUUCUGUUGUGCUUUUUCCUUUCCUUGCUUUGCUUUGAAGAAAUAAAGAGGUUAAACUCUCCUUAAAAGGAAAUUGGUUAUGAUAGAAUGCUGCAGAUGGUGAACUUGACAGGUGCUUUUUAAUCUUGGAUUUAAAAUCCAUCACAUUUUCUUCAACGAACAAGGAAGAUACCCCCUGAAGUUUUGCAUUCAAAGCUCUGAGGGAUGAACGCCAUGUGAAGCUCUACCUGGACAAGAACCAAAGAUCCAAUAUAUGAUUAUGAAUUCGACUCCAGCCAUGUUACCAAGGCAACAAACAAACACCUGCCAUCUAGACUACAGUGAUUUCAGAUUUGAAAUGCCAAAGGAGUUCUCUGAAGGGGAAAUUGAGCUGCUGUUUGAGUGCUUCCAGUUGUUGGAAAAUCCUUUUGAAGAGUCUCAAAAGUGUGGUGAGGGGACGAUUGUUGUGUACCCAUGUGCUCAGGAUGUACCUCAAGAUGACCUACCCUCCACAAGUUCCGGUGUACAUACUUGCUAUGAUUACACGACUCAAAUUCCCAUCAAUAAGCUUCUUGUUGAUGAAGGGCUCUAUGUCAAUAUUGCACAUGUGAAAAUCACUUUAACAUUAAAGAUUGUCCAAGAGGAUAACAAUUACGAUCAACAAGCCGAUACAAACGUGGCUUGUAGAGAAGCUGAUACUCAGGUCAAGGACGCUGCGUUGCCCGGCAACGAGGAAGGGCCAUCCACCAGACAUGCUUGUGGCAGCUACUUGAGCGAUCGUCACGUGUGUGAAAUCAUUGUUCACGUGCAUAGUGCGUGUGAUUUACCAUCGAACAUGCAGGGACGACCCCCUCAGCCUUACGUCUCAUGCAAAAUGAAGAAUGAAUCAACGAACGGCAUUCAAAACCUAUCAACGCAUUGUACUCAACACCCGACAUAUUCUCCAUGCUGGGACCAGCUUGUAGUCGUCAAAACAUCUCAAGAUGAAAUUUCUCGUCAAGUUUUAGUAAUCAACAUCACUGAUUAUCUCAGUCAAUCAUUGAUAACCAACUAUUGUCUACAACUGCUACCGUUUGAACCAUUUCGUCCCUAUCAUCUGGAGCUCGAGCAAACGGAAGGUGAAAGCAAAGCGAAAUUAUUCAUAACACUGUUAGUGAAACUUGACGAACUAAAUCCGCCAUCCUUGGCAUCGACGAUAUUUGGGUUAGAGGUCGUUUUAAGAAAAUUCUCGACGACUGUUGGUGAAAAGUUCUCACAUCCUCUUAUUGCGUCCAUCGUGAUUGUGAAUGACUCACGUCAAUAUCGAAUGAGGUACGUAAAUAAUGGUCAGGUCGAUCAAGGUUUUCAAGCGAUGAAGUUAAAAGUUCCAUUUGUGGAUAUCCCAAAAUCUGCCAAGGAUGAUGUUCAAUGUAGGAUACCUCAGGUAACCUUUACUUCAAGUUUAUCAUCAGAUCUACCUAAAUGGAAUCAAACGUUCUUCUUCUCCGUCGAUGAUUUAUCGUUGUUUGCCCCGUCAUCAGCAUUGGUUAUCGAAUAUUUUAAUGCUUUGCAGGUUGUUAGUUUUGGUCAAUGGAGACCUCGCUCACCUAUUGGUUACUCUAUCCUCGAUCUCGAUGAGCAGUUACGUCACACAUUGGAGAAUGAAAGGGCGAGCAUGGGAGUGUGUGUGAACAAUAUCUCAGUAUAUGAUUCGUCUUUACAGGAUCAAAAUGGAAGCACACCAACUGUUGACGUUAUUUUGAGAUUAAUUUCUAGCAAACGUCCAGACCCCAUGAUUUCAGAAGCGCAUUUUCAUAUUUUGCCCGUCGUUGACAUGGCAACAAAGUGCUCAACAUCGCCUCUAAAAAGAUCUGCUGAACCUUUGAAUCAUGUUCCCCGACCAUUUCCGGUGAUGCACGAACGCAAUCCGUUAAAGUCCGAUGCAGUUGAUUCCACAACAUUUUCAGUGAUGGAAAGUCAAACAAAGGAGCUUGAAAAACAUCGCUUUGCCAUGAAGAAGAUGGCGGAUGACAUACUGAAAUUGAAGAGCGAGGCAUCGCGGUUGCAGGCAGCCAAUAGCAGACUUCGUUUGCAACUCGAGAAUGACCAUUUAGCCAAUCACACGAUUCCCUUUUCUGGCCAGCUGGAGGGCACGACUCAUGGAGAGCUUGUCCAGAGAAUAGUGAUCAUUAAAGGCAGUCUUGACGAACAAACUGUAAUAAACAGAGAACUAAGAUUGGAGAUUCGAAGUCUACAAAAUCAAAUUAUAAAGAAAAACGAGAAAGAGAAGGAAUUUUAUAAGUUACAAGAGGCUCAUAAGAAUCAACAAAUGUUGUUGCAUAAAUUACAGGAAAAACUACGAAGGACCAAGACUGUCGAAGAAACGUGCAAACGCCAAGAGAAGGUGAUAUUACGACUUGAAGAUCUUUUGGCCAACUCUAAGAUGAAGGAUAAAGAUAAGAAAAGUACUGGCAAGUUGAUUACUACCUGUACACCACAAGAAGAUCAAGUAAAAACAGCAGAGGAAACGCUAUUAGACGAAAACAAGAGGUUGAGAACUUUGGUGUCAAGCUAUGAGAAAACAAACAAGACUGUUAAAGACAUGGAAAAACUUCAGAUGCACGAAAAACUACGAGUAGCCGAGAGCAGAGUUUCUGCCCUUGAAAAAGAAUUAUUGGAUAAUGCAAGGAAAUGGGCGAGGGAUAAAGCAGAAUUACAGCUGAAGUUAAGUGAGAACCAUCGUAGUCAUCGCGACUCAAGUCUGUGGCAACACCCAAAUCAUUUGCAAGAGAAUUAUCGUCUCUUUGAGCGGACACCACCUGACUCGCUUCUAAAUGACUCAGGAAUGGCUUCGCCAAAGCUCAAUCCUUUGUCCAGGAAAUAACUAGGCUUUACUUUGCCGACAGAUGGUCAACAUCCUUGGUAGAGUGAGUCGCAAAAUAUGUUUAUUGUACGUGAGAAAAGUGACCGAUCUCGGAAAUUGUCUUAUAGGUUUGCCGAUUUCCUCAGCGAGAACUUUGUUAUAUUUGUAUAAAACCGGGAUAUGCAUAUAUGGUUGAACAUAUUUUAUAUAGAAUUGUACAUCUUUUAUAUAUUAUUGCAUGUAUAUUUAUGUAUUUUAUGAAAAUAUAUUUCGAUAAAAAACUCCCGCUGGUGAUCUAAUUAUAUGUCGACAUUACAAUAAA